GCGAGUCUUCAGCUGCCUAUAUAUUGCAGCUGCCUAUAUAUUGUAGCUGCAAUCCUCGCAAUAAGUGAAAAAAAAGCGAAACUUUAGGACAUGUAAGUGCAAUUUACCCCAGAUGUCGGGCCGUACAAGUUAUUUGGACCUAAGACCAAGCCCAGCAAUUAUAGGCCUAAAAGCCCAAACCGGUCCAGUAACGAGGGUACUUUUGGAAACGACGGCAAAUGUAAGUCUUCAGCAGUCGUCACCCUCGUCACCCCGUCUGAAGCCGCAAAAGCCCUAACCCGUUCGAAGAACUCCAUCCCGGAAAAUGCCUUUCAAGCGCUACGUGGAGAUUGGGAGAGUCGCCCUCGUCAACUAUGGCAGGGAUUACGGCAAGCUCGUCGUUAUCGUCGACGUCAUCGAUCAGAACAGAGCUCUAGUUGACGCUCCUGACCUGGUUCGUGGUCCGAUGAACUUCAAGAGGUUAACUCUCACAGAUAUAAAGAUCGAUAUCCCAAGAAUUCCAAAAAAGAAGUCUCUGAUAGCUGCUAUGGAGGCUGCUGAUGUGAAGAACAAAUGGGAGAAUAGCUCAUGGGGAAGGAAGCUGAUUGUUCAGAAGAGAAGAGCUUCCUUAAAUGACUUAGACAGGUUUAAGGUGAUGCUUGCAAAGAUUAAGAGGGGAGCUGCUGUCAGGCAAGAGCUUGGUAAACUCAAGAAGCAGAGUUCAGCUUAAGACUUUUGUUGUGUUCUUUUAGUUAGUAAAUUUUGGAGUGUUAGUCGUACCAAAAUAGUACCAAAAUUUUGUUGUUUCCAUCCGUUAUAACUUUCUUUGUAGUCUUGAAUUUUCUCGCACUCUCGCUGGAAUGUCCUUACUUGAAUCUUAUUGGACUUUAUUGUUAUAUUUUCAUUUAAAAAUGAUAGAGACUUGGAUCUUGUUUUGUUUUCAAUUUUUUUAUUGGAUGUAUUUUUGAGAAUUGCUAGCGUUACACACAAUUGCUUUCCAAGUUUGAUUUGUCUUCGAAGGCAAGGCCUUGUAGAGGCUACGUAAAUUCAGUUUUUUUUCCAGGCUAAGUUUUGUUUUUUUGCUUUACCUUUAGGAUUUCUCGAUGUCUGUAAACCAUAAUCCGAUUGUUUUCAGUUAAAUACCUGAUUUUUCAUUAGACUCUUUAACUCACAAGUUGGGCCAUUUUUGGCCAAAUAAUUCAUGCAUUUCUGCAUAAUAUUAUGUAUAACUUUAUGUUCGCUCUUAAAUUCACGAUUUCUUAUGUAAAAUUCACAAUUUAGGUUUUUUUUGGGUUAAAUCACUUUUUAUGCUUUUGCAUAAUAAAAUUGCAAGCUUCUAAAUACACGAUUUCUUAUAGUUUUUAUUUAUUUCGUAUUGUUAUCAAUUUGUAUAAAUUAAUAAAAAUAGUUAAAAAUCAUGUGUUAAAGCUUUUGAAAUUGUAAAUUUAGAUUCUACAAAUUUAUUUAUCGAUAGAUAGAAACUACUAAAACUAGCUAAAAAUCAUGGUUACAAAUCAAGAAAUUUUGAAUUUUGGGCUCCCAAAGAUUAUUUGAUCACGAAUUGACAUGAUUGAAAAUGGCAAAAAUCGUAGACUAUAAAUUAUAAAAUUGUGAAUUUUGGAUUUUGUGAAAUAAUUUGACAAUGGGUGGAAAUGACAAUAAAUGGUUAAAAAUUGCAGGUUGCAGCUUAUGAAAUUCUGAAUUUUGAAUUUGGCAAAAUUAUUUACAAAUGAAUUGAAAUGACUAAAUAUCAAAAUAAUUAUGAGUAAUAACUUGUAAAAUCAUGAAUUUUGCCCUAUGUGAAACUAUUUGUUAAUGGAUUGGAAUGAUGAAAAAUGGUGAAAAUAGGGAGUUAUAGCUCAUGAAAUCGUUACUUUUGACAUCACAAAAUUACUUUCCAAUGGGUCUAAGCAAAAAAAGGGUAAAAAAAUGUGGGUCAUAGUUCGUGAAAUCGUGAAUUUUGGACUGUGUGAAAUAAAUUGCCAAAGGGAUGAAACAAGUAAAAAAGGCCAAAAAUCGUGGGUUAUAGCUAAUGAAAUCGUGAAUUUGGACUUUGCAAAAUUAUGUGACGAUCGGUCGAGAUGAUUAAAAAUAGCAAAGAUUUAUGGAAUUCAGCCCAUAAAAUUGUGAAUUUGAACUCCACAAAUUAUUUUCUAAUGGGUUGAAACCUAAAAAGUGGUCAAAAAUCGUGGAUUAUAGUUAUAAAAUUGUGAAUUGGGGCAGAAAAUCAUAAAGUUAUUUGCUAAUCGAUAGAAAUGACUAAUAAUUACAAAAAAAACGUGCGUUGUUGCUUAUGAAGUUAAGAAUUUUGGACUCCCCAAAAUUAUUUGUUAAUGGAUCAAAAUGUAUAAAAUGGCCAAAAAUCGUGGAUCGUAAGCUUCGGACUCUACAAACUAAUUUGCAUGUGUGUCGAAAUUACUAAAAAUGGUAAAAAAUCAUGGGUUAUAGCUUAUGAAAUCAUAAAAUUUGGACUCAAUACAACUAUUUUCCAAUUGGAAGAAAUGAAUAAAAAUAUUCAAAAAUUAUGGGUUAGGCUCAUGAAAUUAUGAAUUUUUUACUUUGUGAAGCUAUUUAUUGAUAGAUAGAAAAUACUAAAAUGGGCCAAAAUCAUGAGUUAAAUCGUGAAUUUUGGACGCCGAUAAUUUAUUUACUAAUGUGAUGAAAUUAGUAAAAAAAGACAAAAAUUAUGGACUAUAGUUCAUAAAAUUGUAAAUUCUGGACUUCAUGAUAUUAUUUAUCAAUAGAUAGAAAUGACUAUAAAAGAGGAAAAAAUUAAAAACUUACAUUGCAAUUCUAAAUAAGAAAAUAAAAGAGAAAAAAUAAAUACUUACAUUGUAAGGAGUUGAAGCAAAUCUUCAUCAUAAAAAUUUUAAAAUGAAGUUUUUUAUUUAUUGUAAACUAAAGUUUAUAAUUUUGAAAGGCCUAAUUAAAAGCCAUCCUCUCAAAAAAAUAGUUUAUAAAAUUUUUACAUGUCCCUCACCCUUACUCUCUACCCUUAUUUAUAGUCUAUAACAAUCAACAUUAGCCAUUAGAUUAGCCUUGAGCUCUAAGAAAUCAAAAUCAGUAAUUAAUAAGUUUUAAUUACAACCUAAUUGUAAUAGCUCAUCAAUGAGCCCAUUGAUUAGUGUGUAAUAGAAUUUCAUUUUCUUGUGUUAGACUUGUACACUUAUGGGGCUUUGUGGACUUCCUCUAGGCUUCUUUUAGGCUUUAAGUAGAGGUAUUUUGGGCUUCUUUGAGCUCUUAUUUGAUAGCUUCUUUAUUUUCUGCAAAUUCAUAAAGCAACUGAUAUUAAGAAGUAUAUCUAAUCAUAAAGCAACCGAUAUUAACAAGUAUAUUUUUAAUCGUUUUGACCCGUUAGUUUUGCAGAGGCUAAAAUUCAUGAGCUAUAAUCCAUGAUUUUCUGCCGUUAAUAGUCAUUUUGGCUUAUUUGCAAAUAAUUUCAUGGAGCCCAAAAUUCACAAUUUUGUGAGUUAUGAUCCACCAUUUUUAGCCUUUUUUAUUUUAUUCAACCCAUCAACACAUACGUUUGAAGGGGCAAAGUUCACAAUUUUGUUGGCUGUAACUCACAAUUUUUAGCUAUAUUUAGUCGUUUCAAUCCAUUGGAAAAUUAUUUUGCGGUGGCUAAAGUUCACGAUUUUGUGGACUAUUGUCCACUUUUUGGCCUUUUUUGCCAUUUUGACCUGUUAGCAAACAAUUUCACAAAGGACAAGAUUUAUAAUAUCAUUAGCUAUAACUCACGAUUUUUUAUCAUAUUUAGAUAUUUUGAUCUAUUAGCAAAUAAUUUAUCAGAGGUCAAAAUCUACGAUUGCAUGAGAUAUAACCCAAGAUUUUUGGCCAUUUUUAAUCGUUCCAUCCUGUUGGUUUAGCGAAUGGCAGAAUUAUUAAUUUCAUGAGUUAUAAUUCAUGAUCUUUUGGGCAUUUUUAGUCGUUUCAAUCCAUCUAUAAAUAAUUUCAUGAUGACAAAAAUUUACAAUUUUAUGAGCUAUAAUCCAUGAUUUUUGGGCAUUUUUGUCCAUUUCGACCCUUUGUCAAAUAGUUCAUCAAAGACAAAAGUUCAUGAUUUCGUGAGCUGUAACCAAUGAUUUUUGGCUAUUUUUAAUCAUUUCCACCCAUUACCAAAUAAUCUUUUAGUGGCCAAAAUUCACAAGUUCAAGAGCUAUAACCCAAGAUUUUUGGCCAUUUUUAUUCAUUUUGAUGCAUUGAUAAAUAAUUUUGAGAGACCAAAAUUCACUAUUUCGUGAGAUAAACUCCAUGAUUUUUGGCCAAUUGUAGUCGUUUCGACCCAUUGAGAAAUAAUUUCACUGAGGAUUAAAUACACAAUUUCCAGAGCUAUAACCCAUUAUUUUUAGCCAUUUUUAGUCAUUUCGAUCCAUUAGCAAAUAAAUUUGAGGAGACCAAAAUUUACGAUCUCAUGGGCUAUAACCCAUGAUUUUUUGUCAUUUUUAGUUGUUUUGACCCCAUUGUCAGAAAAUUCCUCAGACGCUAAAAUUCACGAUUUCAUGAGCUAUAAUCCAUGAUUAUUUGGCCAUUUUUAGUCAUUCUAGCCUGUUGGUUUGGUGCAUGACUAAAUUAUUAAUUACACGAGUUAUAACCUAUGAUUUUUUACUAUUUUUGGUUAUUGCAACCUAUUUGUAAAUAAUUUCAUAGUGGACAAAUUUCAUAAUUUUAUGAGCAAUAAUUCAUGAUUUUUGGGUAUAUUUUAUUAUUUGGAGCCAUUGUCAAAUAAUUCCUGGUAGACUAUUAUUCACGAUUUUUUUGAAACCUAAAAUUCAUGAUUUCAUGGGCUAUAGCCCACGAUUUUUAGCUAUUUCUAGUCUUUUUGGUCCAUUGGAAAAUAAGUUGGCGGAUGCCAAAAUCCAUGAUUUCGUAGGUUAUAGCCCAUGAUUUUUGCUAUUUUUAGUCAUUCCGACCCGGUACCAAAUAAUUACGAAGAUGCCAAAUUUUAUGAUUUCAUUAGGUUAUAACCCAUAAUUUUUGGUCAUUUUUAGUUGUUUCGACCUGUGGUCAAAUAAUUUCACGGAGACUAUAAUUCACGAUAUUAUGAGCUAUAACCAAUAAUAUUUGGUCAUUUCUAGUCAUUUUGAUCUACCGAAAGAUAAUUUUGCUGAGACCUAAAUUCAAAAUUUCAUAGGUUACAACCUAAAUUCGGCUCAUUCAUAAAUGAUUCCAUGGAGACCAAAAUUCACUAUUUUGUGAGCUAUAAUCCAUAAAUUUUGGCUUAAAUUUAUUGUUUUGACCUCUUGAUUUCGCGAAAGCCAAAAUUCUUGAUUUCAUGAGCUAUAAUCCAUAAUUUUUUACCACUUUUAGUUAUUUUAGCCUAUUUACAAAUAAUUUCAUGGAGACCAAAUACACAAUUUCUUAAGCUAUUACUCAUGACUUUUAGCACUUUUUAUUUUAUUUGACCAAUUGGCAGAUAAUUCUGUGGGAACCGUUCGUGAGCUACAAUCCAUGAUGUUUUACCAUUUUUCUUCCUUUUGAUCCACUACCUAAUAAUUCUGCAAAAGAUUAAAUUCACGAUUGUGUAAGUUACCCACGAUUUUUAGUCAUUUUCACUUGUUAAAUAAUUUCAGGGUGGCUAAAAUUUAUGAUUUUAUCUGCUAUAACCCAUGAUUUUUGGCCAAUUUUUUAUUUCAACGCAUUGACAAAUAAUUAGACGGAGACCAAAACUCAUGAUUUUGUGAGUUGAGACCCACGAUUAUUGGCCAUUCUAUUCAUUUUGGCCCAUAGGGAAAUGAAUUCGUAGAGAACAAAAUACACAAAUUCGUGGGCUAUAACCCAUGAUUUUUAGUCAUUUUUAAUCAUUUCAUCCUAUUAACAAAUAUUUUUAAAGAAGCCACAAUUUACUAUUUUAAGGCUAUAACCCAUGAUUUUUGGCCAUAUUUUAGUUAUUUUGACCCGUUUACAUAUAAUUUUUUGAACGCUAGAAUUUACGAUUUCACGAGCUAUAACAUAUGAUUUUUGUCCAUUUUUGUUCAUUUUGUCCCUUUUUCAAAUAAUUCCUUAGGCUGCGUUUGGCAAGAGGUUAAAUGGAGGGUUAAGGGGGUUUAACCCUCCAUUAGCCUGCCAAAUAGUAAAAAAAGUCUUAAGGGUUUAUUAACCCGCACGUGAGCUUUUUAUCCGUUUAACUCGCUAACCCACGGGUUUACUAUUACUCGUGAGAAGGCGGAACAAGGCUUGUUCCGCCUUCUCACGCGAGGGUAGGCAGCGGAAUUAGGAAAAAAGAUGGUUCCUAAUUCCGCUGCGUCGAAGGCGAUUGCGAAGGUGUUCCUGAGUGCAGUCAUCAAUAAUUGCCCUCCGAUCCUCCUCGCCGAUGCUGAGAGAGUGGUGGAGUGCCUUCUCGAUGGGGUCGCGGUGGCAGGGACCUCAUUGUCGGAGAAUUCAGUGUCUUCAUCGCCGUGGGAUUCGAAGGGGAAGGGAAAAGAUGAGAGCGGGGAGGUGAUGGAUGACGGUUCCAGUGAGGCGGUGAGGGAUAAUGGGAGUGGGACCCCUAGGAGGAGCGUUUUGGACCAGGUGUUGACGCCGACAUUGAGUAGUCAGAGUUAUGCGGGAAGGUUUGAGGAGGAGUCGGUGGAGGAGCUGGAGAGGAUGGAAAUUGUGUUCUGGUUGGUCGUGGAUGUGCUCGAUCGAGGUGGAAAGAGUUUGGUGCUUCGGAAUUUGGAGGAGGUUCAGUUGACGGCUACUGCUCAGAUCAAGUCACUGUCGGCAUUUCUUAAGCUUGUUCUACUGUUAUCCCAAAUUAAGAUCAAUUCUAUGGCUAUUGUCAGGAUGAAGUCAGAUGGAUAUGAGGAAUUUGAGAAGACACGAGAAUUUUCUAAUGUCAAUGACGUUUCUACUAGCAGUGUAGAACAGAAUUCCUGAGAAGGCCUUCAGAAAGUGCUAUAGUGGAGAUCAAGAAAUUGAAGGAAUGUGCGAGUUUAGAAGCUAUCAGAAUUUUAGUUUUGGAUUCUUUAAGGUCUCUUGGUCACCUUAGAUCUCUAAGACAUGCAUAUGGCAAGGUUGUUGCUCAGGCAGAAGACGCUAUUGCAGAGGCUUUUGCGAGGGUUGAAGAAUUCAAGCAUGCAAUGCUGCACUGCAAAGAAUCAAUUGAGGAGACACAUCAUAGCAGUUGUAGAAGAUACUACCAGAUGCAAGGGUAGAUGAAGGUAAAGUAGAUCAAAGGAAUAAAAGGGAUGCAGUGGUGUCAAUUUCUUCGAAGGGAAGGGUGUAUGAAGGGAAGCUUUAUCCUGCAAGUUUAACAUUACUUUAUAUUUGAUGCCUCAGAUGGCUUAAGGGGCAAUAUGUGGAUUGUUGUAUAGAGAUUUAGGUUUUAUUUGAUGCAAUUAAAUAUCAACUAUAAGUUUAUUGUACAGACUUGUUGUCAAGAGACAGACCUUAUUUCUAGAUUACAGUAAAAAAAUUUAACGGCUAGUGACUCACAUCUGCAUGUUUGGUCUACAUUAUCUCAAUUAUGUAUGCUGUUAAAGUCUAGUUUUAA